AGAAAAGAGAGAGAGAGAGAGUUUCCUGGAUUUAUACAUACAUACAAAAAAUCAAACUAAAGACAGAUGGAGAAAAAAUGGAGCGUGGCUAUGAUGGUGUUCGUUUUGGUGGUGAUGGCGGCCACGGGAGGAGAAGCGUUCAAUCACUUAUGCACAUUUAAAUGUUGUAUUCUCUGCCACGAUAUUGAGUUCAAAACACCCUGCUUCAAACUAUGUAUGGCCGACUGCCAACAAAAAGCUACAAAUAUCCUUCACUCAACCAAAAACUCGCAGAUGAAGACUGGAGAGGUGGAAGAAAUGAGAGGAAAAAGAUAGUUCUAAGAUGGGGUUUUUGCUUUUUGUCUACAUGUAAACGAAAAUUUAUGAAGAAAAAAAAACAAUAAUAUGAUAAGUAAGAUUUAACAAGAUAUUUGGAGAAUAUAUACAUUGCAUCUAUUGACAUGCAAGAAAAUAAUUAUUUGUUGGAAAG